AUGAUUAAUGCCAAAACCACCCUAGUAGUGGCAGAUCAGGACGAUCCAGCCUGCGCCAAGCUAUUGAAAUCAUUUUCUUCCUUCUCCAUAUCUAACUACCUACUGAAAAAAACAGGCAUUGGUAAAGAAGCUACAAAUUUUAUUUCACCCGAUUUUUUUACAGUGGAUCAACUACUGGAUACAGUAAGUGAAUGCAGCUAUAAUUCUAUUUCGAUUUUCUCUGCCAGGCCCAAGCUUUUCACAGGUGAAAACGGGGCUAAGAUUUUAUCCAAGGCGAUUGUAUUAUUAUUUCCCGGUGCUCAGGUCAACAUGAAACUUUUGGUUCCACUAGAGGAUACUGAGGAACUAACUAGACUGGUUGAGAAAGAAUUCCUAUACGCAGGAUUCAUCGACGUAAAAGUUGAUGAAAUAGCCACCAUAGAUGGAUUGGUAAUGGUUAUAACGGCAAAAGCGCCUGAAUAUGCGGUUCAGCCUAUCAAAAUUAUAGGAAAUGUUGCACCCAACUCUAAAAUCACCCCAGUCAGAACAUCUGACUGCAGUACCAGGCCUAAACCAUGCGCCAAUUGCACUUGCGGACGGAGGAAAGAAGAGCAGCUAUCCUCCACCAACGAUCGUGACAGGGAUGGAACCCCCUCUGCAAGCUCAUGUGGAAAUUGCUACCUAGGCGAUGCCUUCAGAUGUGAAAACUGCCCCUACAAAGGCCUACCAGCCUUCAAGCCAGGAGAAAAGGUUACCUUGGGCUAA